UACAGAGUUGAGAGGCAAAGAACAGAAAAGUAAGCAUGACUCAAGCUCAUUCAAAGUCAUGCUUCCAACAAUUUUCAGAUGGAGUUCAAGUUAAGAGGAACAGUGGCAGCUUCACCAUUGAGCUCCUGCCAUCUCUUGGUGCAACAAUAAAUCAAUCUAACAAGUUGCAGAAGUUCAUCAUAUCUCCCUAUGAUCCCCGUUAUAGAUACUGGGAGUUGUUCCUUAUAGUCCUAGUCAUUUACUCUGCCUGGAUUUGCCCGUUUGAACUAGCAUUUUUGAGGGACUUGUCCUCUAAGCUUCUGCUAGUUGAGAACAUUGUCAAUAGCUUCUUCGCUAUUGAUAUUGUUUUGACAUUCUUUGUAGCUUAUGUCGACAGCAAAACACAUCUUCUUGUGGAUGAUCGAAAGAGAAUUGCAGUAAGGUACCUAUCAACCUGGUUCAUCUUUGAUGUAUGUUCAACAGCUCCAUUUCAGCCAAUCAGCCUUCUUUUUACACACAAGGGGAAUGACCUUGCUUUUAAGAUACUCAAUAUGUUGAGGCUAUGGCGUCUUCACCGAGUCAGCUCGCUGUUUGCAAGACUGGAGAAGGAUAUAAGAUUCAACUAUUUCUGGACUAGGUGCUCAAAACUUAUUUCUGUUACUCUGUUUGCGGUGCAUUGUGCGGGAUGUUUCAACUAUAUGAUUGCCGACAGAUAUCCUGAUCCAGAGAGAACAUGGAUAGGUGCUGUUAUGCCUACCUUCAGAUCAGAGAGCUUAUGGACUAGAUAUGUAACUGCCCUUUACUGGUCGAUCACAACACUGACAACAACAGGUUAUGGGGACCUACAUGCUGAGAACCCAAGAGAGAUGCUGUUUGAUAUCUGCUAUAUGCUGUUUAAUCUGGGCCUGACAGCUUAUCUUAUUGGUAAUAUGACCAACCUGGUUGUUCAUGGGACCAGCCGCACCCAGAAUUUUAGGGACUCAAUCCAAUCGGCAUCGGAAUUUGCGGCACGAAAUCAGUUGCCCGAGAAGAUAAAGCAGCAAAUGUUGUCGCACUUCUGCCUACAGUUCAAGACAGAGGGGCUCAACCAGCAAGCUAUGCUAAAUUGUCUCCCAAAAGGAAUUCGGUCAAGCAUAGCAUACAACUUAUUUUUUACAAUCCUACAACAAGCCUACCUCUUUCAUGGAGUAUCCAAUAAUUUCAUUGCAGAACUGGUAAUGGAUGUACAGGCUGAGUAUUUCCCACCAAAGGAAGACAUAAUGUUGCAAAAUGAGGGGGCAGCAGAUAUCUACGUAAUAGUUUCAGGAGUAGUGAAUUUGAUAACAACAAUAAAUGGUAAUGAACAGGUGUAUGAAAAAGUUGAGGAGGGAGACAUGUUCGGAGAGGUUGGUGCUCUCUGUGACAUACCCCAGCCAUUUACUUGCCGCACCACUACCCUAUCACAGCUCUUGAGAAUAAGGAAGAUAAGACUAACAGAGAUUAUGCAAGAACACAGGGAAGACAGCAAUAUACUAAUGAAUAAUCUAUUUCAGAAGCUAAAGCUGCAGGAAAAUUUACCAGAAUUAAAUCAACUAGAUCGAAGAUUCAUGCACAAGUAUGAGCUAUUCCAUGCUCCUCGAGAAGCAUGGUUGUUACCUCAACCUUACCUACAAUACACUGAGCACAAAUUUGAAGACAUUAGUAAGAAGGUCCCAACCUUUGGUGGAGAUCAUGGUCCAACAAAACUAGCAGCAGAAACAAUCCAAUUGAGGAUGCCACAGCAAGGAAACAGUCAUGACCAUGGCAAUUUUGGGGCGACAGAUGGGAUGGCAGGCGGAGAAGACAAAUGUAAUGAGGUUCACAUAAACUGCGAGACCAAAAAAGGAACCAAAGAGUUCUGCGUUCAGAUAAAAUCCGAAGAUUGUGAUGCAGCAAGCUAUUGGCAAACAAGUCAUGAAACAGUGAAGCUGGGGUCUUCCCACAAUACAUUAGAUGGCAUAACUACGAGAGAAAAUCAAGAUAGUGGUAACAUACAAUCAUCCAACAAAAGAGUUACAAUUCACGCAUAUCCUCAUAAUGCAACAGGUUCUUUAGUACAGAAUGGGAAGCUUAUCAAUCUGCCUGGUUCACUGGAGGAGAUUUUUGAAAUCGGAAGUCAGAAGUUUCCAGGUUUCCACCCUACAAAAUUGGUCAGUAGAGACUAUGCUGAGAUAGAUGACAUUAGUGUUAUUCGAGAUGGUGACCACCUAUUCCUUCUUCAGAUGUAGAACCAGAAUAACAUCAAUCUAACCUAACGUAACAAUAAAGGCUUCAAGUCCUCCAAUCUGGCAAAAACAGCAGAUUGUAAAUCGGGAUAUGCAAGUGGAGAUAUGAAGAGGAAGACCUUUUUACAAAUUGUUCUGGUCAUUUCUGACAUUAUGUAAAUAUCUAUUAUUGCACAAGCUGCUGUCUCAUGCAAAGUCAUGCCAGAAGCAUUUUCCUGGUC